ACCUUGACACAGAGCGAAAGGGAGCAACAGGUAGAACAGCAGCACCCCUGCACCUGCCUCCGCAUGCACCUGAGAUGUGACAGCCGCUGCCCCCACCCUCUCCUGGCACAGCUCAGCCUGCCGGCCCCUCAGUUGGCAAUAGCGCCCCGGAGCUAUCCCGGCCCUCGGUCCCGUCUCUCCUGCCACUGAGUGCUCCCCGGGGGAGCAGAACGCACCCAGCAAGGGACUGAAUCGAAGCAGACACGUUCCUCUGCCACCAGAAACCACCAUGGCAGAGACCAACAGCUGGUGGAAGCUCACCUUCCUGCGGAAGAAGAAAUCCACCCCCAAAGUCCUGUACGAGAGCCCAGACAUCUAUGCCAACGAGAACCACCAGGAGGCCACACGGACAGAGGCAGGGAGCAACGGUGGCGCCGAGAGUGAAUUCAACGCCCGGCUGGAGAAGAUUGUGGAUAAGAACACAAAAGGCAAACACGUCAAGGUCUCCAACUCCGGGCGCUUCAAGGAGAAGAAGAAAGUACGAGCCACGCUGGCUGAAAACCCCAACCUCUUCGCCGAUGGCGAGCGGGAGGAGAAGUGAGGCAGGGGAAAGCAGGCAUUGGGGGGAAAGCGCUGCAGGGUGGGACCAACGCCCUGAGGCCCUCGCGCAUGGACCCGUCACGACUCAGAGUCAGCCUAGAUGUCAAUUCUGUUCUCUCCGCAAAUGAAGUAACGAGGGGGCAGGGGCCACCCCGCUGUAGAUUUCAAAGCCUUUCGGUCCUGACGUGCACUCGCGAAGGAGAAAGGACUCGAUACUUUUUAUUUAAUACAAAUCAUCAUAUUUAAAAUAAAUGCCACUGGGGGAUUGUCAGGAGCUGGAGGUGUCCAGAUCUUGCUCUGAAGCCUUGGAGGUGGGGAGGAGUCAAACCCAGAGCAGCUCAGAGGCCUCUUGCAAACACCCUCAGCGGUGCCCAAGGGCCCGUGGCUAGAGCCAGCGGUCGAUGCAGGGGGCCAUGGGAUGGGAGGAGCCGAUUCAUUCUCAUCCACCCUGUUGUUCUACCACUGCACCUAGAAGAUGGCUGAGAAGGGCUAGGAACUUCAUCUGGCUCGGCCCUGGGGGAUUUCCCAGCAACUAGCCUCCGCUCUGUCCGCACCCACCAACACAGGAAAGGCAAACAUAAGAUUGGCUGGGAGACAGAGUUGC